CACCGAACAACACAUGGACCCUCUCAGCACAGCAGCUACAAAAUACAGAAGCAGUCAAAUAAAAGACAACAAUACCUGGUAUCACUAUGUUACCCAUACGUUCUUUGGAGAAAAUCGUGCUCAUUAUUGUGCUGUGGGGUCUUUGCAGUUUGCUAUAUCUGGAAGGACGGCCACUCAGCAAGAGGUCAAUCAGCGAAGUUCAGCUCAUGCACAAUGUUCGGGAGCACAAGGAGAUGUUGGAAAGGCAGGACUGGCUUCAGCUGAAGCUCAACAAUAUCCUCAUCCCCUCAAUAAACGACUCUCAGAAGGAGCAAAAAGGAAAAGCCAGCGGCCCAUCUAUCAGGCGUUUGAGAAAGGGGGAAGGUGCGGCGUGGAUCGUGAACUGAUGUUUCUGAAAAACGAAUGAACUCUAAAUAAUGAAAAGUGUUUUCUCGGUAACGUCAGUGCAGGAGGAGGACACGGCAAGUGUCAAUUAAAAUAUACUGUUGUACUCGGAGAAAGAAUGCGCACUGCUUUACUUAUGUCUUUUUAAUUUAUUUUUUUAUUUAUUUGUAAAUAAAGGUUGUUGUUUAGAUAUUUAAGCAUAUUGUUCAGAAACUGUGUAGGACAUACAAAGGACAAUGUCUUAACCUUGUAGUAGGCCUCUCUGUUUUCACUGUUUUCGUUCCAGUGUAGUGCCAUACUGAUUUUUUAAAUGUACUUUCAACAAAUAUUUGUACUUUUUUAGACAUCCAACAAUUGCACUAAAAUGUGGACCAACUGGAUGUGUUUAUUUAUACACUACAUUACAUACACGACAAACUAAGCAAGACUCAUUUUGUGUUUUCUUUCUUUCUUUUUUUUCUUUCUUUCUUCCUUUCUUUCUCUCUUUCA